AUUGGUCGAGUAAUCAUUCACUUAGAAUUGUUGCGGAUUCAACAAUGCGGUUAAACUUCGUUUUAAUUAAUCAGUAAUAUCUAUCAAGGCUGAAAGUGUGUGUUAUUUUGUUAAGCAAUGUUUAUUUACCCCUGUUCAAGGCGUAGUUCAGAGACCGUUUAAUAGAUAGUUCUAUUCGGCUAACCUACUGCUGAAAUAUUUAGGCAGUAACUUAUUAAUCGUGUAAGUUUUAAUGUACUGCAUUUAAACAGCCAUACAAAAAUAUUCAAUUAGCGCUGUUUAAUGAACUUUUAUUUAUGUUAGAAAGAGUCAGAACAAUAAUCAUCAUAUUUCGGUGAUUUAAUUUUGCAAAUAAUCAUUACCGCAACUCAUCAACCAUGAAAUAUCAAAAUGAUAUAAAUAUGAGGGAUUUAGGGAAAUGAAUUUAGUUAGUUUCGGAAUUUUACAAGAGAAAAUGGAACUUGUUGGUAUAUAUUUGAUAUUAGCCACGACGAUUGUUGUCCAAGGAUACAGAAAAUUUGGACUUAGUUGUGAGGAUAUUGCCUGUAUAUCUGGUAAAAAAUGCAUUGUAUCCAGAGUUCCCUGCGAAAACCCAAAUCAGCAAGAAGGAGAACAAUGUGGAACCUAUCCGGAGUGCCAAUCAGAUCAGCUGGCCAGCGAUUUCAUCAUCGACACUACACAGACCACUGCCAACACCCGAAACAGCAUCAUCAUACCCAGCACUUCCACGAGUCGCAAUCGGAAUAAUAGGAACAGUGACUUUAAACUGCUGAGCGAUUUCAGUAACUCCGAUACAUUUGCCACCCAUGCAGGCCAACGGCAGGCUAAUGUUUUGGUUAUUGUUCAAGAUGGUUCCCAGCAACCUCAACAGCCAAAUCCUUGGCUAAAUCGAGGACAAAGUCCUCCCUGUACCAUCAGUCCGCUCUACCCAUAUUCCUGUACUUAUCCCCGUUAUCCGAAUUCGGGAGCAGGAUUGCCUUCUUAUACGCAGCAGCGAUCGGCCAAUGGGCCACAAUUAGUUCCUCCCACUCCACCAUGCUACUAUAACUGCUAUCCCAGUGUGCGGUCAAGUUCAUAUGGUCAAUAUGGAUACCCCCUGUCUAGAUCAGCCAAUCCCUCAUCAACCAAUAACUAUUUAAUCUACCUCACAUUAGCUGGCUAAAAGACCAGGAGCUUUAGUUAUGUGCAAAUAAUAAAUAUAGAAUCUAUU